AAUUUAUGUUGUAAUAUGAAUGAGGACAAGAAGAAUCGUUAAGAAUUUUCAAAAUUACACAUGUCUAAUUAACAUUAAUUUUAUUGAAAUAUUUUUUAUUCGGAAUUAUAUUUUUAAUAUUAGUGUAGUAUUUUUGAAAAAUAAUGUUCAGAAAUGUUAAGUUAUCUUAUACACGGUGCUUUUUACCAGCAAUACUGUUUAAAAAAAAUGAAUAUGAUGUGGAUGGGACUGAAAUAUUAAAUAAAACAAAAGUUGGUGGUUGGCAAGGAGUUAAGGAUGCCUUUAAAAAUGAUGAAGAUGGUAAUCCUUCUGCCGAUGUUAUAUCUAUUACCUCAACUAUUACUUAUAGUGGUCUACUUGGUGGUCUUUAUGGAAGUUUUUUGUAUAGUAAACGAGCAUAUGAAGAUUUUUUUGCGAAGAACCAAGCAACACUUUUUCAAAAUCAAUUUGAAGCUAAAUCCAAACUUCAAUCUCAAGUUACUUUGGCAAUGGCCAGAGGUGUUAUAAGAUGGGGAACAAGGGUUGCACUAUUUUGUGGUCCAUUCGUAACUAUUGUAACAGUGAUGAAUGCCUACUUGAACGAUAUUUCUACUUUUAGCUAUUUAACAGCAGGAACAAUAGUAGGUGGAAUAGCUAGAAUACAUAUUGGAGUUAAAGGACUAGUUGUUGGUGCUACAUUUGGUGGCAUUUUAGGUCUGUUAGUUGGUUUAAUAACUUUAUUGAUUUUAAAAUUAUCUCCUUUAAGUAUGCAAGAGUUACACGAAUGGCAAAGUCAAGCACAAAAAGAUAGAGAUGCAUUUUUCAUUCAAGAAUCAAAACAAUCAGUGGUAUUUCAGUAUGAUCAACCUGCUGAGUUGCUGGAACAUGAUAAGCGAAUAGAAAACAUAAAAUCUCAAGAAAAUUCUUCAAAAUGAUUUAUUAAAUGGCUCGGAGUUUUCAUAUGUUGGUUCACCGGGUGGUAAUUCGUCAUCAGCACCUUUAUAGUGCAAAAUGGCUACCUCAAAAGCACUAUUAAAUCGUUCAUCACAGUCCAUCAAUCCUCUAAAGCGCAUCCAGUAAUUUCCAAUAGCUGCUGUAGCUUCCAGUACAAAGUCCCAACGCUCACCAGCAUAACUGACAAAUGAGUCAACUAAAAAUAUGUAUAUUAUUUAAUAGUGUUAGUGAUUUGUUGUCUUUAUUAUAUUGUUUUGUUAUUUCUAAAAACUACAAAUAAAUAAUUAAAUAUUUAAUUACCUACAA